AUGGCUAGUGACCAGAUGAGGAGGAUGCAGGUUGCCUGGAAAGAAGCUUACGCCGGCCCAGAUGGUUCGAAUGGAUCCACUAGGCCUCCGGUCGAGUGGAUUCCGCCGCCGAGAAACACAAUCAAAUGUAAUGUUGAUGCUGCAGUGUCAGGGAAUGGCGCUAGCUUUGGCAUCGUGGUGCGGGAUCAUGAUGGGCGUUUUGUUGCAGCUAAGUGCGGUCGCUUGGUUGGCGAAGAGGAUCCGUAUAUGGCCGAGGUUCUUGGGGCCAAAGAAGCCUUGGCAUGGCUUAAAAUGCAGCAUCAUAGUAACAUUAUUUUAGAAUCUGACUGUUUAAAUUUUUGUAAUGCGUUUAAUUCAUGUAUUUCCGAUCAUUCGUGUGUUGGUUUAGUUGUGAAGCAAUGUCUGUCGAUUGCUAAAGACAUUGGGAAUGUUAGUGUCUCCCAUGUCAAGAGGUCAGCGAAUCGUGUAGCUCGUGAGUUAGCUCGGGCAACCGUUUCAAUGUCUGUUUCAGGGGUGUGGACUGGUAUCCCACCUAGUUGUAUUGCGAGUUUGUUAAGUCAGUAA